UGCCGAGCGAGAAGGAGACGCGUGAGAUGGCGGCGGCGCGUGUCUGAGAGGAAAGAGAGAAAGCAGCGGCAUGGACAGAAGUCUGCAAGACAAGGCCUCUCCCGUCGCUCAGUAAACUUUACCCCGAUAUAGAACGCUAGUUAUUGUGUAGAUAGAACCUUUCAGGAGCAUGGAGGAGAACAAGAGCGUUGCUGAGGGAAAGGCGGCCACCGCGAGCCUGAAAGAAUCCGAAGAGACAUCCACACAAAAUGGCGAACUCGGUGAACCCGAAGUACAACAGACUCUGAAACGCACGAACAGCACAGAAAGCGGCGGCACGGGGCAGAAACCCCCAGAGGAAGCUCCUAGGAGGCGCUUUCAGAUCCCGAGAAAGAGCCGCGAUAAAAGAGCUCUUCAAGUUAUUAGUUCUGGCUCUCGGGAGUUUGAAGAAAUUUUGAAAAUUCUUCAUUCAUCUUACCUGGAUGCAAACUCAAAAGCCAGUUUCUCAUACAAAUGUGCUCGACUUGUUCAUAAUGAAUUCUUGGAAAAAGAGUUUACUGAGAAACGAAGGCAAUUGAAAUUUGAUGGUCGACUAGAUAAAGAACUUGUCGAGUCUUAUGUGUUUCUUUUGGUUGACCAAGAGCAGAUGCAUAGUAUAACUGAGAAAGGAUUACAUGUGGGGCAUUCUAGAAUGACUACCUUGGGCAAACCUAGCAUGGGGGUAUAUCUGUCAAGGUAUGCAGAUCUGUUGCAGGCCAAUCCUUUAGAAACUGGGACAACUGGAGAUAUUUUCAUAUUUAAAGUAAUAAAGGGGAAAAUGAAGUUUGUUUUUGAUCAUAUUAGGAAUAACCAGAUGGAUUCAUUUAGUGGUAAUGGAGGUUUGGACCCGGUCCCCAAACAUGAAUGUCAUGUCUUAAAAAACAUGAAUGCAGUGACAGCAUUGCUUGGAUACAGAGCAUUUGAGCGUACCCAGUACUAUUUUUAUGAAUAUGGAUUUGAUGAAGUCCUCAAGAGACCAAGGCAUGUUUGUCCAUAUGCUGUUAUGUCAUUUGGCUAUAAAGAUGAAUUGGCAACAAGGCAGCCUCCUUUGCCCACAUCUGGACCAGUUAGUUUUCCCACUGAAAGAAGCUUUGAUAGGAGCAGUUUCACUUUAUGGAGAGGGCAGCUUCUUAACAAAGGAAAACUGCUGUGUUAUGCGUCUCUGAAAUCAACAAGUGGCCCCUUUAUCCCAUACAGGCUACCCGAGAGGCUGGACUUGGAUAUUGUCAUUAAAAUUGAGGUGAUUAAGAAGAGCAUUCCAGCAGUUUUAUUUUACAAAGAAACUCACAAUAAGCCAAAUGAAGCAAAGCAUGGUGGGAUUUACAGCCGGCUCUAUGAAGUAGUCGAGAAGACAAGGACUGGGAGUCAUUUGCAGGGAUUGCUUCAGAAAAUAGAAAGAGAGAACCUGGCUUUAGUGAAACCAUUGGAUGACAGAGGCUUCAUGUUCCUUUAUUUCCCUUCACCUAUGACUUCUGCAUAUGCUUCUGCAAAGACUCGCCUUCUCCAUGCCCUAUUUAUUUAUCAUGAGUCCAGACUGACCCAACCUGUUGCCAAUGUUCCUGUGCCACCAUCCUUUGUGCCCGAAAGCCAUGAGUUUAUGCCAGAAGUUUUAACGUUCGUUCCUGCUCUACAUUUCGCUCUUCACAAAAGCCAGUCAGACACUUCUGCUGACUUUAAUGAUGUAGUUGAAAAACAUUCACGUAUUUAUUUAAAGCGUCGAGCAGAAAAACUAAAUAAGUUCAAGGAAUAUGUUCUCAAGCCUUAUGAUUCUCGAUUGGAUUACAAAAAAAGUCUCUAUGUAGCACCCAGAAUUAAAGGCCAUAUUGAAUCUGCUCUCCGCAGUUAUUUAUUUGGUUCAGAAGCAUAUACAAUACCAGUAGAUAAAGCAAAGGAAAUGCUUAAGGAGAACCAGAGGUUUCAGCAGUUUAGCCCAGUAUCUGACUAUGAACCCGUUGAAGAUGAUCACGACAGUAACAAAUAUAACAAAAAGUGUCCCGUUUCUUAUGUGGAAACGAACAGUGAAAAGUCAUCUGAGAGCACGGACUGGGAUAUUGACAAAAUCAAUGGCUUGAUAAAUUUAAUUCAAAAAAAGAAACAGAGCAAACCAGAGACUGAUGAGCCAUCAGGUGUUGGGCUCAAAAGAAAACUUGAUAGGCAGUCAGAAAAGGCAUGGAAGCACCGAAAAUGUGAAGAGAACGUUCACCAUGAUAAUGAACCAGGUGAAAGUGCCCAGUCACUUAUCUCUUCUCUUGGGGGGCAAGAUACAGACCUAAGACAAGAAACUGAAUCACUCAGUAGCGAAUGUAUUAAAAUGCUGCUGGAGAAAUUGGCGGACUCUUGUAUAGAUCCUGCAAUGGCUGAGUCUUUAAAGACAUUGAAGCAAAACUCCACAGAGGAACUUCCCUCUCAGAAGCUCAAACAUCUUUCUCCAGCACAUGAUACAGAAAGAGAAGGUGCCGGACAAGACCAGAAUAUAGUUUAUAAUGACCAAACAACUGAUAAUCAAGAAAACACUACAUGCCUUUCAGAGGAGGCCCAGCAGGCUGAAGGAAGCCACAGUGAUCAUUCCGUUCUCAUGGAAGAAAAAAUCCUGGAUCCGCCUUUGGAAAGUGCAAGCCCUUGCCCUAGCAAUACUGCAGGAAAUAACUGCCCCGCACAGGGUCCUAACAGUUUGGAUUUAGAAAUGCACUGGAAACUAAUUCCCAUUGCUGAAGCAAAUCUCACAGAAGAACAGCUUGUCUACGUGUCCACAGAAGAUGCACUUCCUAAUGAUCCCAGAGCUGGACACAAGAGGCGGGGGUCCAGAUAUUCACCUCUUCAUGAGACGGAAAGGCAGAGACCUAGACACGACAGAGACUAUUGCAGGAGCCUGACCACCCCCUCGAGAACAGAACGCAACAUGUUGCAGAGUAAGCACUGCCACAAUGGGCUGAUAGAGAACACUGUUCUGGAAGUUUAUAACACAUUUUCUGAGCAACUUCACGAUGUUUUGAAACAAAGAGACGUUCCGUACAUGGUUCCAGCAGCCCCUCCACUUCUCUCGUCCGACGACAGAGUCUUGAAACUUUCCGACUGUCUCUGUGAACAAGUGUCUGACAUCUGUGUGCAGCAGUAUGUAGAUGAUUUACACACCACGCUGGAUAGUGUUGUUGCCGCCCAUAUCAAUUCCUGUGCUGUUUCCAGGACAGGAUCUCCUGUUACAGAAAUAAUGGCAGCCACAGAAGUUCAUACAUUUCACCCUAAACAAACUGAAUAUCCUCACGUACAUGAACAUUUUCAUGUCAAUGAUUUACAUUCUGACGUUCGGGAAGCGAAUCCUUUCUCCGCAGACCACGUAUAUAAAGUUGGGGAGGAAAAUGCAGCGAAUGGCCAUGCACUAUCCCAUAAUUCCCGAGAUCUUUCACAAGAGACUCCAGAAAUCAGCACGUCCGGAGUGACUGAUCUUUCUGAGCCGCAUUUAGCCAUUUCAAAUCUGAUCAACCAAAUGAACCCCGAAGUGUUCAACAACCUGGUGAAAAUCAUAACCCAUGUGAACAAAAACAGUGUUAAGUUCUACGUUCACACAGAGGAAGAAAAUGCCAUUUGUCAGAAUAUUAAGGAGUACCUAUUAAAGCUGGGCAAUACCGAGUGUCGGCCGGAGAAGUUUUUGGAAUCCAAAACCAAGGCGGAUAAACUGCUUAUAAUUAUCCAGAAUGAAGACAUUCCAAACUGCAUUCAUAGGGUACCUGCAUUGGUCUUGCUGAAGAGGUUGCCGUCAGUGAGUUUUGCUGGCGUCGAUAGUUUGGAUGAUUUGAAAAACCACACAUACAAUGAAAUUUUUGUGUCUGGAGGAUUCAUUGUGUCUGAUGAAAGUGUUCUGAAUCCUGAAACAGUCACUGUUGAUGAACUGAAGAAAUUCUUGAUGUUUCUGGAAGAAAUAAACAGCCCUGAUGCAAACUGGCAGUGGAAAAUCCAUUAUAAAUUUCAUAAACGGCUUAAAGAGUUGGGGAGGUUGAAUACAAAUGCUCUAAAUAUUCUCACCCUCUUAACGACUUACCAGAAGAAGAACCUGGUUGAGAUCCUGUCCUAUCACCUGAGCUGUGAUCCGCAAAACCAGCAGGCACCACAGCUUGAGUGUCUGAUCAAACUUCAGGUUCAGUACAUGAAGCAAAGGCACGUUCUCUUCCUGACAGAAAAGGAUGCCGCCAGGUUUCCAGAUUACUGUGAUAACGGUAUAGUGGUUACAAGAAUGGUGGAUUUUAUGGAUAACUUCUCAAACCUCAUUGGUCACCAUAGUCCCAACAAUGAAGAGCAGCGCCUUUCACAGCUGACAAAUCAAGGAGAUGAAACUGCUCCUGGAGAAGCGGACAGUAAGGAGGAGGAAGACAUGUCUCUAGAUUCAGAGGAUGACACUCCACCAAUAGAGGUUUGCACGGACUCCUGGAAGCCUGAAUCUCAGAAACAGAACAUUUCCAGUUUGCUGGAAUUGGUUGACAAGGAUCAAACAGAAAGUCCUAGUACCUUAAAUCAGGGUAAGACUCCUACUCUUGAUGAACUUCAGCCGAUCACUCCUGUAUCAGUGGCAGGCUCCACCACUGGCGAAAACAGUGUUUCAACGGGCGACGAACUAGGCAGCAAUACGAAGGAUUACAAUAGGGAAGUGAAUUUGUCCCACCAGUUCAGCCAUUUCAGUGUUCUGACCCAUCAGACUUUCCUAGGAUCCAUGUACCCCACCCUCACCAACCCAGCCCAAGCGGAGAUCUCCUUCAUGAAUUCGUACAGCCAACUAACGGAACCAGAGACAUCAAAAAAUUCUGAGCGGAAACAAAAAUAACCCAUGGUUUCCGUUGUUUUCUUGUCUCGUUCCUAGCCUGUUUCAAGUAUUUAUAUAUAUCAGACUUUUCUAAUUGUUUAGUUUCUUACAGAAAAGCAUAAAGUACAAAUUUUAUUAUAUACCCAACAAAGGGGAAACACUUUUAUUUUCCCUGCUUGACUUUGGAAUUAUGACUGCAUGUACCCCGUAACAGCAUCUGCAAGGAAAUAAAUAUUUUUUUAAGACAUUGUAUUGGAAAAUUUGCACUUUUUAUGUUUGUUUUUGUAUUUAAACAGUGGCUUUUUUUUGCUUUUUUUUAUACCUAACUACCAAAUGUUGUCGUUUUUGUAAAUGUAUGGAAGCCACUUCUUGAUCAACGCAGUGUUAUGUAAAUACUUUCAAAAUGUUUACUUUGUAAAGUUUUUUUUUAUACAAAGUCAUAAGUUACAGUUUUAACAAAAUUUCAAAAUGAUGAGAUGUUUAUACAUAUAUUGGUGCAUUCUCUCUGUAUAUGAUUAAACUUCAUGCACUUA